UUGUGAGCAAUCAGCAAUGUGGAUCCAGGAUUGUGGUGUUGGUGUAAUUAGAAUUCAAAUUUCAAAUAUAUUGUUUUCAAUUUUAUUUGCUGUAAAUUCAUUUCAAUAUUUUCGCAGAAAUUAUUGCAGAAUUUUAUAUGAGCAAUGGAUGACCAAGCGUGUCCCCGUUGCAAAACCACGAAAUACAGGAAUCCCUCUUUGAAAUUGAUGGUAAAUGUCUGCGGCCAUGCAUUAUGCGAAAGUUGUGUGGAUUUGUUGUUUCUAAAAGGAUCGGGGUCGUGUCCUGACUGUAAUGUGCCCUUACGAAGGUGUAAUUACCGCGUUCAGCUUUUUGAAGAUGCUAUGGUUGAAAAAGAAAUAGACAUUCGAAAGCGUAUACUUAAAGAUUUUAAUAAAAAGGAAGAAGACUUUGCUACAUUGAGAGAGUAUAAUGAUUAUUUGGAGGACAUAGAAAGUAUUAUUUUCAAUUUAGUUAAUAAUAUAGAUAUAAUUAAUACCAACAAAAGGAUAGAGCAAUACAAAAAGGAUAACAAAGAAGCAAUAUUAAAAAAUAAAGCAAAAAUAGGUAGAGAAGAAUUAGAGCUUGAAGAAAUAUUAGAAAUAGAGAAAUUAAAUGAAGAAUCACGCCGAGCAGAGAUUGUAAGGAUAGAGCAGGAAGCAAAAAAACAGAAGAUAAGAGAGAAAGAGCUGCUAAUUGAUGAGCUGAUGUUUGCAGAUGGUGAUGCCAAAGAUAUAUUGACUACAUUCACACAAAACAUUGCGAAUCAUAAGGAAGAGGCAGCACCUAUAUUGCCAAAAGUUACACAGUUCUCUACUGGCGUAAAGUUCACUAGAGGGUCAGGACAACAACCAUUGCCCAUAAUAGAAGAAGGACCACUCUAUAAGUAUGAACCGCCUGCGCUGCCUGACAGAUGUGGACCAGAUCCACCACCUAUAUCUGAUAUAAUUGAUAAGGGAUACUUGCAACAUGUAAGACCGGAGAGCGAAACAGAGAAGGCAGGUGGGUACUCAUCAGUGUUGCCCUGUCUACGAGCUCUACAGGACGCUUUGUCUGGCCUCUAUCAUGCCAGUUGACCCGAUACUGCCAGUGUUACUCGUAUUUUGUUGGACUGAUCUGUGAUUUAUGCUGUGUCAAUGAAAAUUGUUGUGUUCUUA